AUGGAACGGAUCUUCCUGGCGUGCGCGGCAGUCGAUCUGGUAGCAGUGAUGGACCAGACCACUCUGGCAGGAAGUUUGUCCAUCAUCGGAAAAUCCCUGAACGCUAGCAACCAGACAUCCUGGAUAUCCGGGGGAUACUUUCUCACCUCAACCUGCUUCCAACUCUUAUACGGACGGCUGUCCGAUAUCUGGUCCCGGAAAUAUGUCCUAUUUGUGGGCUUUGGCAUCACCUUCAUCGGAUUGUUAGCAUCAUCUCUGGCCCAGACAGCUACCCAAUUGAUCAUUUUCCGUGCAUUUACUGGCAUUGGCGGCGGCGGACUCAUGUCCGUCGCACAGAUGAUUGUCAGUGAUGUGGUUCCACUCCGCGAGCGAGGUAAAUACCAAGGCAUUCUCGGGGCCGUGGUGGCAAUAGGCAAUGGAAUCGGCCCAGUAAUUGGGGGAGCUCUCGCUUCCGUAUCCCACGACUCAUGGCGGUGGAUCUUCCGGCUGAUGCUGCCACUCACGGUCAUUGCAACUCUAGCUGUGAUGUUCUUCAUGCCUUUGCGAAAGGUCACCGGCGAGUGGAAAGCAAAAUUGAAGGCGAUCGACUUCUUCGGUGCGCUCUUAGCUCUGGGAGGUACAGCUCUGCUCAUGCUCGGACUGACCUGGGGCGGCAGCGAGUAUCCCUGGAAAUCAGCGCAUGUUAUUGCAACCAUCAUCGUUGGGUUUGCCGUGUGUGUAACGUUCAUGAUGUGGCAGUGGAAAGGCGCUCCAUAUCCUCUAGUGCCCAUACAUAUGUUCAAAUCUCGCAUUGUCAACGGCGCAUGCUUAACCAUGUUCAUCAAUGGUUGGAACUUGAUGGUGCAGCUCUAUUACAUCCCCACAUUUUAUGAACUGGUAUUCAAUUACUCAACCACCAAAUCCGCUGCAAUGCUAUUACCAAUCACCCUGGUGCAGACUUUUAGCAGUACCGUCUCCGGUCUGAUCGUGCACUGGGUCGGCAGAUAUAGAGAACCCAUCCUCUUCGGUUGGAUGGUCUGGGCUGUCGGACUGGGCCUGAUCUCAACCCUAGACAAAACAGCUGGUCUAGGUAAACAGGUCGGAUAUGGCAUUCUGACUGGUAUAGGCACAGGAAGCACCCUACAGCCCGCCCUAAUCGCAGUACAAGCCGGUGUCGAACGACGUGACAUGGCCAUAGUGACUUCAUUCCGGAACUUCAUCCGAAACCUAGGCGGAACCCUCGGCCUCGCAAUUGCCGGAACAAUCAUAAAUAACCUCAUCUCAACCGCCAUCUCCACCCUCAACCUAACCCCCACCGAACAGCAAUCCUUCCUCUCCAGUCCCAGCAAAUAUCUCUCCCAGCUACCAACAGAGGAAGCAGAACAGGUCCGCGCCCUACUCAUCCCCACGUAUCGAAAAGGCUUCCGGAUUGUAUUCACUGCCAAUGCAACCCUUGCAGCGCUGGCGUUCCUCCUCGCGGUUGGAUUGAUUCCGCAGGUGACGCUGGAGCGGGCGGAUGAUGAGCGGUUGAGGGAGCAGGCGAGGCGUAGGGUUGAGGGGGAGAUUGAAGAGUAG